GUCCAGCUGCAGCGUGCAGCCAUGGCGGCACGGGAGGCGCAGUCCAAGUAUGACGGCGCCUUGGACUGGGUCAAGACGGCCCAGCAGCAGCUCGAUAACGCCACCAGCUACCUCCAGGCAGCCCCGCAGGUGAUGCACGGGAAGCAGGGGAUCGACCUCGUGGCGCUGCUGGAGGGCGAGGCCAUCCAGAUCACGGAGGGCGACUUGUUGCAGCUCGACGUCGGCCUUGAGGAGCUCGACGACGGCGCGGAGACAGCCAUCGAGCAGUGGAACAAGCGGAAGCAGCAGCUCGGCGAGUUCAUCCAGCAGCUGGUGAAAGAUCACUUCACCCCGAUGGCCGCGCAGGUGAAAGCCGAGACUGAAGGCCUCCGCGAACAGAAGGCGAGGCUGGUCAGCCACAAGCGGAAGAAGUCCAACGACGGCCAGGCAGCGGCUGGCGCCCCCGCGGCAGCCCCAGAAGGCAGCCCUGGCGCCGCCGCGGC